AUGGCGCGCUGUCCCGUAUCCGCCCUCUGCUUCAUCUUAGUCUCCCUCUCCUUCGUCCUCAUGCUUCGCAACAUCGACUACGAAAGGGCGGUGCAGCCCGAGCCGCAGGGAGCCCGAGACGGCCAGGCCUUCGGGCGGCGCCUCAGCAUGGCCAAGAGCUCCCCGAAGGCGGCCAAGUGGGCCAGCGAGGUGGAGGAGCUGUCCUACCCGCCCGUCAACUUCUCCUUCGUCGAGGAGACCCUGAGGGCGAGGAGGAGCGAGGUCGAGGACCGAUGCCGGAAGACGCUGUCGGCGGAGGACCUCGCCCGCCCGCUCAACAGCAAGGAGUUCCUCAUCAGCGGCCGCUUCAGCCUCGUGUGGUGCAACGUGUUCAAGGCCGCCUCCUCCACGUGGCUCUACAACUUCCUCCUGAUGGCGGGCUUCACGGAGGAGGACCUGCGGAAGUCGAGCUCCUCCCCCGUCGAGCUGGCGCGGAGGAGAGCCUACGCCCGGCCCUCGCCCGAGGAGCUCCUGGCGGCGCUGGAGGACCCCGGCGCCACGUCCUUCCUGAUCGUCCGCGACCCCUUCGAGCGCCUCCUCUCCGCCUACAGGGACAAGAUCGAGUCCACGAAGCAGAAAUUCUACAAAGCCCUCAGGUGCCGGAUCCAGCAGAAGGCGAGGACCAAGAGGACCCUUGACUGCCAGCCAACCUUCCCCGAGUUCGUGGAUUACCUGCUGGAGGAGCGGGCGAAGGGCAACGCCCCCAACGAGCACUGGGCGCCCUACUACUCCUUCUGCUCGCCGUGCCAGGUGGCCUUCGAUUACGUCCUGCGCUUCGAGAGUCUGCCGGAGGAGGAGGCCUUCCUGGUGGCCAAUGUCCCUGGGCUCUCCGCGGUGGUCAAGCCUCACAAGGUCCAUUCCUCACACACCGACUACGGCGCCGUCACGAGGCAGUAUUUCUCGCAACUUUCGGCCUUGAAACUCGCUCGUCUUUACGAUAUUUAUAGAAAUGAUUUUAUGAUAUUUGGUUACAAUGUGACGCGGUAUUGGGAGUACGUUGGUGCAGUUUUUUAGAUAGGUGGUUGUUUGGCUUGAGGUUUUGUUAUUGACUUCUUUU